AUGACUCGUAAAAGUUAUAAGUUUACAAUAGCAAUAAGUGUUUUAUUUUUAAUAUUUUUUUGGCAGUUUUUCGAGAGAGAACGCAGAUCGAAAUUAGAUGAAGAAGAAUUACAAUUUGCUAGAAACUUGACUUUUAUUCCUUCAUUCCAUCAUUAUAAUCCUGACUAUUUUGUAAGUUAAAAAAUCCAAGUAAAAAUGUUUCAAAAUCUAAUUUCAGACAGCAUUUCAGUAUAACAUAACAACUUGUUCAAUUCGAAAAUCAAUGUCUCAAAUGGUUUUCAAUACAAUGUGUUUGUUACACGAUUCAGAACAUUUUCUACAAGGAAAUCAUACGUUGAAUGAAACAUGGAAACAAAAUCGGUUUGAAAAUGAGUUAUUCCGAUAAUUUUGAAUUUGGAUUUGUUACAGAACUUGUAAUUAUGAAGAUCCAGAUGGAUUUGCUACAUUUCCGAGGAAAUUCAAAAGAACUUCUGAUUUCACGCGAUUAGUCUUUAUCAGGGAUCCAUUUGAAAGAUUUUUGUCAUUAUAUUUGGAUAAAUGUGUACGGUAAUUAAAAUGAAAUAAUCAGAUUCUCAAAAUUUUCAAUUUUUUCAGAGAACAUUUCUGUUUCGAUUGUAUGGAUGAUAUGCGGUGUGUUCUCAAAAACAUUUACAAGUCUCUGAAAAAAUUCAUAGCCGAAGGAGAAAGCACUGAAAAUGAUUGGUUUAUGAAUCAACACAGUGCUCCGAUUUCAUGGUUUUGUGAUUUCGAUGAAUAUUUAAAAGCAUAUCAUGUUUUGAUUAUUGGACGACAUAUCGAAGAUAGAAAAUCUCCAAUUAUGAAACUAUCGAAAAUUCUAGAAAGAAAAGAAGUUCCAGAGCAUAUUAUUUCAAAAAUUGUUCAUGAGACAUUACGUAAGAUCAGAAUUAAAAACUCAUGGUAGAAAACUUGAUUAAUUUUCAGUCGGUGAAACAUCUCAUGGUACAAGUGAUUCUUCUCAUCGAAACAAAGCUGCUGAACAAAUCAAAAGAGAUCCAAUAGUUCGAGAAUAUUUGCAUAAGAUAUAUUUCAAUGAUUAUUUGAUAUUUCCAUUUGAUAAAUCUCAUUUGGAUUUGGAAUAUCAAAAUGCUUACUGGGAAGAAAAGUUCAAUCAAGACUAUGCUGGUUACAUCAAAAAACAGGAUUCAAAUGCUCAUUUGCUAAAUUAGUUUAAAUAUUUUUUUAGAAUAAAGUGUGAAAAAAUUGUUUUCAAAUUGUUUCAAGUUUAACUGGAUCGAAAUUGAGAUCAGAAUCGAAACGAGAAAAUGCGAGUAUUUUUUGGCAGCUUCAUUUCCCGGCUAAAAAUGAAGAAAACACAUCUUGCAUAAGCCAGAGAUUGUUUUUAGAUUGUCAUCUAAAAAUAAAUCGCUUAAUUUUUAGAUAUACCGCAAUUUUUCUACCAAAAAAAGCUCGCCGUGCUGUGUGAAAAAAAAUAAUGCAAUUUUUCUUGACAAAUUGAGAUUUACAAAAUAUCUAGAUGUCAAUUAUUUAUUUGUUGCAUAAAAAUAUUUUUCUAGAAAAAAAAGGAUUUUUUUGUAUAAAGAAUUUUGAAAUCUAUGUGACUUAAAGUUUGAAUUUUUUUUUUCAAAAGAAGUUACGGAUGUUGUUUUUGAAAGAUCUGAUUUCGAUUUUGAUAGACUCGUGAAUAUUCAGUUUUAUAAACCGGUUGAGAAUCGUAAUCUUUUGAAAUCUCUGUUCUCCGUUUUUUAAAAAAACGAUGCUGAUGUCACACAAAUUAAUGCCAAUGAAUCUUGAGACCGCCUCUGUCGAUCAAAACUCUCCGAUUGAAAAAAAGUAGAACCUCAUUCACUUUAUUUGAAAUCAUAGAUCUUAAAAUUUCGAUUGAAUGAGGUGCUUGAUAUAUUUUAUAAUCUUAGCCUUCACUGUUGUAUUUCUAUCAUUUUUUGGAGAAUUUGUAAAUUAUAAACAAUUCUCUUUCUAUUCACCAGAUGCAAAAAAUGAUGAUAAUAUAACAUUUAUCCCGCCAUUUCACUCGAUUCUUACUGAUUAUUUGGUGAGUGUUUUUUUAUUUUUUUCACAAAGUUUAUGAGUUUUGUUACAGACAUCGUCUGAUUACAAUAUAACAACUUGUUUGGUUCGAAAAUCUAUGUCUCAGAUGGCUUUUAAUACAAUGUGUUUAUUAUAUGAUACAGAGAACUUUCUAGAAGGAAAUCAUAAAUUAAAUGAAACAUGGCACAAAAAACGGUCAGACUCAAUUUAGAAAUAUGAAAUCAUCUGAAAAUUUUAUUUCCAGAGCAUGCAGUUAUUCAGAUCCAGAAUUCGCUACAUUUUCAAAAAACUAUACACCAAGCUCUAACUUCACCAAUUUGGUAUUCAUAAGAGAUCCGUUUGAUAGGUUUUUAUCAUUGUAUUUGGAUAAAUGUGUCAGGUAUUCAAUAUAAUGAAUUUUCUGUUUACGAUUUGGUGAGUUUUCAGAGAACAUAGAUGUUAUGAUUGUGAUGAAGAUAUGCGAUGUGUAGUGAGAGAAAUUUAUAAAUCUCUCAAGGAACAAACAAUAAACGAUGAAACGUUUAUGGAUAAGCAUAGUGCUCCAACUUCAUGGUUCUGCGGGUUCCAAAAAUAUCUCAAAACAUACAAUUUGUUAGUGAUUGGUUCCGAUUUACAAGAACGGAAAGAACCUGUCAAGAAAUUAUCCGAAAUUUUAGAAAAGAAGGGAGUUCCAAGUUACCUUAUUUCAAAGAUUGUCGAAGAGCUAUUGGGUGAGUUACUGAACUAUCAGGGUAUUGAAUAACGGUGUAAUUCCAGUUGGUGAAACGGAACAUGGUACUCAUACAUCAACACGGCGAAAAAUUGCUGCUGAACAAAUCAAGAAUGAUCCAGUUGUUCGAAAAUAUUUGCAUAAAAUAUAUUUCAAUGAUUAUUUAAUAUUUCCAUUUGAUCGAUCACACCUGGAUCCAGAAUAUCAGGAGUCUUAUUGGGAUGAAAAAUAUAAAGAAGAUUAUGCUGAUUAUAUCAAAAUACAAGAUUCCAAUGUUCAUUCGAUAAAGUAG